UCCAGUUUUGGAGAAGCCAGGAAAUCGAUUUCAUUUACUUUCUCAGGCCGUGUUCGCGGUGUUAGUUCGAUUUAUGGCGGGUGCGGGCGAAAGAACGACUGUUAGUGAUCCUCUCCAAACAAUCAACCUCAUGCAGCACCAUUCGUAUGAGUCUGUGAUGAAUGGCGUGGCCGUGGCCAACGCUCAUUCGGCGUACAAUUUGACAGUGCCGGGGACAUCUCAAGUCACGGUUGUCAAAAGAACUCCAGAAGAAGCUGGACUUCUUGAAAUGCACGACAUGUCGGACUCUGACUCUGACAUGGAUAUCCGACGGCAUGGCAAAGCCUCGAAGAAAACAAAGGGUCGGGUAAAAAUCAAGAUGGAAUUCAUUGAAAACAAAUUGAGACGGUACACCACAUUCAGCAAACGAAAAACUGGUAUCAUGAAAAAAGCUUAUGAAUUGUCAACUUUGACAGGGACUCAAGUGAUGCUUCUUGUGGCAAGCGAAACUGGCCAUGUCUACACAUUUGCCACAAGAAAAUUACAACCCAUGAUAACGAGUGAAAGUGGCAAGGCUUUAAUUCAGACAUGUUUGAAUUCGCCUGAUCCUCCACCAAUGGCGCCAGGACAACAGCACGCCAUCGAUCAAAGAAUGAAUCCAACUGGUUUUGAAGAGACAGACCUCACUUAUGCUGUUACAGAAGAAGAAGCAGCCAUGAACAGCAGGAAUGAUGGCAUGCGGCCCGCGAUCUACACAAUGGCGACAAAUAUUUCUCCAAGUGUGAGUCCGUCGCCACCAGCACCAACACCACCGCCAUCUAUGAGCUCGAUGAGUCAGUCGACUGUGACAAUGCUUCCCCAGCCCGCACACUCCACCCCACACUCGACACCGACAUUCUUACCGAACCCCAACACGCCAGUGACUCUCAGUGCCAUGCCUUCAGUACCUCCGACGGUGUCAACACCGAACCCAAGUUCAUCUGUGACGACUAUACCAAGUGCCGCCAAUCGAGGCAUCUCUAUGCAGCUACCAAAUAUUCCUGGUGGGCUGGCUACGUUAAUUCAACAACAAGCUGGUAAUCUUGCUCAAGGAACCCCUAUUACGAUUAGUGGCCUACAGGGUACCCAGUUAGGUCAGCUAGCAGGACAACAGCAGGCUCUCCUGCGGAUACCAGCGGUUUCAUUAGCAGGCUACAGUCUGUUGCCAUCAAAGGGAAAUGCAGACUCAAACAGUGAAUUCUGCUGGUUGACUGCUACUGGUGGAAGCCCUCAAAGUACAAGUCCUGGGCAACAAGAAUUACAGACUUUAGCGAGCAGUGCACCGAUGACGACACAAAGUACUGGAGGUGGUAUCACUGUUUUAUCAGGUGCUGGUGGUCAAGGUGCAGGUAGCGGUGGCACGAUGAUGUAUCAAACGCCCCAAGGUCUAGUCUACGCCACCCCUGCCACCGGUAAUGCCCUCAACGCCUUAAGUGAGGGCUAUAUACUCAAUCUACCACAGCAAUCAGUGUUGGCAGCGGGUGGCGACCAACAGAACGGAGUAGGUCAAUCAUACUUCACAAUACCCGUGCCAGUUUCUCUCAGCUCACAGUUAGGUUCACAGGUGAUGUUAGCUCAUACUGGUGAUGGACAAGCAAUAGAGAUACCGCCUGCACAUCAGGGCUCUCAUCAAAAACGCAAAUGACACGAUCACACAAAAUAAGACUUGAAACUGUGCGGCUAUUUGCCAAUGAGUGAUCUGGUCACAAACAUAACAAAGUGCAAUAAGAAACGAUGAACUCUUUAGCCUCUUGUGGCGUAUUGUCCUUUGAGGUGAGGAGAGGAUUUCAAAAUGAAUGAGACUUCGUACGUAUCUGAUAAAGAUCUCCUGUAGCCACAUGCCUGUUUAUUUUCGUUGAUCGUUUAGUAUAAUAUACUAUUUGUGACUUUUCGUGUCAGAUUUUGUCAGUUUGCUAUGCUGGAUUGAAGUUACGCAAUAACACAUUAUACGAUUGGAGUUGACAUUUGUGAUUUUUUAGAAGUCGAGCUAUAGUGUCACAUCAGGAUACUGUAGACCCAGAAAUGUUGGUUUUUAUUUUUGCAUUUACAGAUGAUCAUGAAAUUUAAUCAAAAUUACUGUACCAGGGUUGUGAAACGCUAAAAUAAAGCAGCACCAGAGUUGCAAUUUUGCAACAGAAUCGCCGCGAAUAUUUCUGGGUUUAAAGUUCCGUUGAAUAUGAUUGUGUCAAACAAGAUUGUUGUGUGUAAUUCAAAAAUCUUGUUAGUGCUAGAAUGUUGUUUUGAAUUCAUCAACUCGACGUGACGUCUGUUGCGGAGAUGAUAUCAGUUGAUUCCUGGCCGGAUCCAGUAUUUAAAUCAAGGUCCACUGAGAGGGUGGGCCAAAUUGUUGUAGUGGUUACUAAAUAGUGUCUGAAGGAUUGCUACUUGUGGUAAAAGUUUAUCCGCCCUUUCAUGAUGUCGUCCUGAUUUUAUAUGGUGCUCUUAUCAGUACUUGUCUGAUGUCAGUAGACAUGGUGUUUUGACUGGGUGAUAGGAAGCGUUGUAGCCAUAUAAAGUUAUCAGCAAGAAUUCUGUGUUCUUGUCAUUAGUGAUAUGAUCUUCUUUGCUUACUAGAUAAUGCGGGUGAUCCACUGGCUUUCUGAUAGCUAUCGGGACCGGUUAGUUACUUGUCAGGACACCAUCGGUUGGGUGACAGAAAGAAAUGAUGUGGUGUUGAAGCCACAACCGUGCUUUCCAAUUGCAACAAAAAUCAAACACAUCAGAUCUUAUCAGAAACGUUUUGGGAACUAUGUGUGAAAAGCAUCGGGGAGCGGAUGGAUUACCUGCAUAAGUUUUAAGACAAUAUUGUGGCUAGUGAGGUCAGUGUGUCUUCCAUCGUGAAGUUGUUACAGUAUUACAGUGGUCAACAAAUACGAAAUAUAUCUGGACAGCACGUCAGAUUCUUUCAGAUAUUUUAGAAAUUACUUGUUAAAUAAUGCUUGGUUAUUUUUGUGAAUUGAAUCACUAUCUUGUACUUCUGUCUGAUUGUUGCAUGGGGCCUGAUUUGAAUGUGAGUUGUUGCAUAUAUAUCAAAACGUGGUAUACUUGCAAGGUCUAAAAACUUUUCUUCAAAGUGAUUUAGGCCUACUUGAGUUGGAACUUUAUAAACUAGAAUUAGAAGCACUGAGAGGCAAUAGGCCUAUGUCAGUGUUAAGAACAAAGGUGCUCAGUGUAAGGAAGAGUGAACAUUAACAUUAAAUAAAAGUUUUUUAGUCUUGCAACUUUGCCAUGUAAAAAUGCCUGUACAAGUAGUUUCUGAUAUCUUUACCAACCUUGAGAUGAUAUAGAAUAGUAGAUUGUUAUCUUCGAUUUCACAAAUCGGAAGGGGAAAAUACUGUGUUAAAAGGAAUUCUAUUCCAAACAUAUAUAUUGAGAUAUUUGUUUGGGAAAUCUUCACUCCUUUUUGCACUUAGUGUAUCAAUAGCAUUCUUAAUAAUUUUGAUUUAUUCUUUUUCUACUCGACAUUAAAAAUGUUGGUUUCUAGAAUCUCAGAAUAUUUUAAACAUAUUCAAAAAUAAGGUAUCAAUAAUGAUAGAAAUAUGUGCAACUUGGUUGAAGCAGUUGCAUUAGUAAGCUUUUAAUUGGUCACAGUUUAAUUGUGAUUGCUUUGGGAUAACUCUUGGUUGUGUGUUUAGUUGUUUGAAGGUAAAUAAGGAGAGCAUAAUCUGAACCUUGGAAAGAUGUUCAAAUGAUGUACUCAAUUUUGCUGUAGGGUGUAAGAAUACUCUCUGGAACUGCUUCAACCACCAGGGUUGAAAACUUACAUAUAAACUGGUGCUAUUAACUUUAAAAUAUUAUGCAUGAUUGUGUGAUGAAUCACAGUAACUCAGAAAAUCUUUGGGGGUGUUUUAAAUUUGCAGUCUGACCUGAUCCACAAACGUUUUGCGAUAGAAGGUUGGCAACCGCAAAGAAAUCCUGUGGCAAAUAUUUUCAAGGUUGCAGUAGGUUGAAUUGGCCACUGUUGUGUCGUAUUGAAAUGGUCAGUGUAAAUAAGAUAGACUACAUUUGUGCAUCUCAAGUCAAAAUCAUAGAGAUAAAUAAUAGUAACAGCUGUCCUUCCACACGAAUCCGUCGAAGCUGUGUGUUAUUAGUGCUGUAUGUGGAAUAAUAGCUAAUUUGAACCAUUCUACAUUCUACUCUUCAUCUCUGGUAAUUAUCUCAGUUUUUCCAAACAGAAAAAGCUAAACACGAGACAAAAAUCUGGGUCUGCCAUUAUCCUUUAAUUUUGGCUUGAGACGUAGUCAUGGUGUCACAAUUUUGCUCAAAGUUCAUACUAAUUUAUUCUUCUCAUAUCAUUUUGUACAUUUGUAAAUGCUGUUUUCUGCUCCUCUUUCUGAAACUAUAUCACUUUUGAAUACAGAUCUUUGUACACUAUGGUUACCAACUUUUACUACAGAAGUAAUCUAUAGUUCAUUUAUUUUCAUGCUCUAGACGUUGGUGGAUGUUUUAGAUUUCACUGAUGCUUGAUGGAUUUAACUGCAAAUUUAUUGCGGUUCAGUAUUCUAAAUGCCUUGGUCACAGGACGUUGAUGAUUGUAAUGGGAAUUUUUGGUUGCAGCGGUCCUUGUAGCGGUCCUUAGUGUCACAACCAAGGACCUGUGUGUCACAACCAAGGACCUUUAAGAUUUUAAUUUGAUGGUACAUCGGUCUUGGCUUGAAAAUUUGCUGGAUAGGUCAUCAUUUUUUCAAACAAGAUAUUUUUUGUUACUCAGCUGAUUGACAGAAUAUCAUCAGUUGUGCAAAUCAUACUGCUAAAGCCAAGGUGGAGUUAUGAUAUUUGGGACCAUUAAGAAAUAUUAUUCAUUUGGAUGUUUUCACAUCCGUUAAUCACUACCUGCCCUUCUUUCAGCAAUACUGCGUUCGCUCAUAAUUUUGAUGGAUGUGUAGUGUUUUGCAAUGAAAUUCUUCUAUUUCACUGAAGCUUCUCAACUGUCGAUAUGUUGGUAAAGCAUUAGUUUAUUUCCGACAUGUGUUCAAUGAGUCAACUAUGGGUCUUUGCGAUGUACUUUGUACCACUCUGUCACGUGUUCAAGUGGUAGAAAUGAAAGGUCUGUUUCCAAAACGAGCUUAAUCAAUAAUGUACUUGGGUAUAUUUUAGAAUACAGAGUAACAGUUGAGGGACAUUGAAAGUUGGGUUACAAUGUGAAAUUUACAUCAUAAUGAAGCACUAAUGAUUGGGUAUCAGAGGGAUAGCAAAGGGGGAGGGGCUGGGAAUUGCCUUUUUUGAGGAAAACCUUUUGAAAUUGACAAGGAAAAUCGAAAAAAGCUGUGAUACAUAUUGAAAAUAAUUGGAAAACGCCCCCCCUUCUGAACAUUCUUGCUUAAAAAUGUAUGACAUUCUAGCUGAUUUUGGAACCAAACUCCUCUGUUGUUUUUUGGUAGAGCUUCCUGCAUAAUGGCUCAGUUGGCUUUGGUUGCGAUCAAACUUGUGAAUAGAUUGUGAAAUAUUGUAAAUAUGUUUUGUACAAAUAUGAGAGUAAAUGAAGUGUCAUGUUGAAUUGAA